AAGUUAGAACACACGGAGCUUGUAGUCGCUAGAAGGAUAUGAAGCUGUGAACCCCCUGCCGCCAUUUUAUUUCAAGGUGCUCCAGAAUGAAUGGGCGUGGUUCUAAGGUCUCCUUGAACUGUUCUCUGGCCCCGCCUCCCACCACCACUACAGCAGACGGUGGACACACCCCAAAUACUCCUGAAAUUCUAAAUACAAUUGUAAAUAUAACCUCUGGAUUCAGCAAUGGUCCUAGGUUCUCUUCUAGACCUCUCCAAGGUCCUAAUCCCAUAGCAUUACUCUCUUCAUACAAUCCAAGACGAGGAACCUCCGGCCUUCCGGUAACCUCCUCGCAUACUCCAUCCGUAGUGGUUAUUCCUCCUUCUCCAUCUUCCUCACAACCUAACUCAAGUCUUCAUUCAACAUACUCCAUUCCACAGCCAGACUUCCAACCAUUACUUCAGAAUGAAGUUCAAACCUUCGAAGGAAACCCUUCUUCACUUACUCCACUUCUCCCCCUCCUGGAACCUCUUACACCAAAUCUUCUUCAACAAUCUCACCAUCUCUCUUCACCAAACCAACUUACAGAGGAAUGUCUUCCUUCUCCUCAUCUUGCAAUACCUUCUCAGCCCUCUCCACACUUUUCAGCAGCUCUCCUUCCUUCUCCCCAUCUUCCAAUACCCUCUCAACCCUCUUCACAGCUACUAACACCUCUCCAUACUUCUCCCAAUCUUCCAAUACCCUCUAAACCCUCUUCACACCUUUCCAUACCUUCUCAGCCCUCUUCACACCCACCAGCCCCUCUCCUUCCCUCUUCACAUCUGCUCUCUCCUACGUACUCUGACAGCUCAGAGAGAAGUUUUAUAAGAUCUCCAUCUCCUCUUCAUUAUAAAAAUAUAGGGGAGUACAAACCUGAAUACAAGACCAUUGGGGAGUACAAACCCGAGUACAAGAACAUCGGGGAGUACAAGCCUGAGUACAAAAAUAUUGGGGAGUACAAACCUGAAUACAAGACCAUUGGGGAGUACAAACAGAUCUCGGAGUACUCAGAAUACUCAAGUGCAGAAUACACUCCUCAAUACACAGGUAUGCCACCUCUUACUACUGUAUGUACCACUGAGUCUCGGUGUCCACGGCAGUCCCAGACCAGACCGGUUCAGCAAUAUCGUAAUACAGAGGUCGGUACAGUACAGCAGUACCAAUCUAGUGAAGUUGGUACAGUGCAGCAAUACCACUCCUUCUUUAUAAAAGAGGGAUUGAGGAUGAAGGUUAAACAAAAUUUGAAGGAUGAGGAUAAUGGUCAAGAUGUUCUUGAAACAGAACUCAAGACGGAGAAUGAUGAGGAACUUACUCCAGAAGACGAAGAAAGGCGAGUACGGCGUAGAGAGAGAAAUAAGGUGAUACUUACAAAAGUUUCCUAACAAAUAAAUUUUGCA